UGUUGAUAAACAAGGAGGCGUAAAGAAAUAAUUUGUAAAUUAAAAAUAUACUAUUGUUUUAAUACAACAAAUAGUUGUUGUAACCAAAAAAAUCAAGAUGAUGAACCAAUAUAUUAAGGAGUUAGAACAGGAUCCGUUCGAUCCAGAUGAAUUUGUUGAGAGAAUGGUACGUCGCAGUAUGCAAGAAAGUCGUCUUCAGGACGAUCAAUUUGAUCCAGAGAUGAUACAUGAUAUUUUUACACAAGCUAUCCAGGAUUUGAAAGUUCUUCAAGAGAGGCAAGAAAGAAAGUGUGCUAGAUUAGAACAAGCAGUGCAGGAAGAAGAAAAGUCAUAUGUAACAAAGCUUGCAGAGAUUAUGGAACAACAUUCUCAUUGUGUAAAUGUCUUCAGUUCACUUGAUGAGAGAAUGUCACGUUGUGGCGGUCGCGCUUUAGACGUUGGGGAGAAACUAGGAGCUGCAAGAGCUCCCAGAGCAAGGGCUGCAGCUGCCAGGGACCUCCUGUCGCAUCUAGCCAACUUUCUUAGCCCCGGGCCUGUUGUUUCUGACUUAUUCAAUGAUCCCAAUAAGCUAAAUGAAGCAGCAGAUGUUAUACAAAAGUUAUUCACAAUCGCUCAAGAAUUACCUCCUGAUAAAUUUGAGGUUGCCAAGAAGAAAAUAGAGGCUAAAUAUGACGAAAUCGAAAGGAAUCUUAUUGAAGAGUUUGUUAGGGCUCAAAAUCAGGGCAAUGUGGCCAAAAUGAAGGACAUAGCCACAAUUAUGACAAAUUUUAAGGGAUAUUCCCAGUGUGUUGAUGCCUAUAUUGAGACUAGUCAAAUGAACACCUUACUUGGCAAGGAUAUAUUUUCAGCCGUGCUUCCUCUUUGCAAGAAGAAUUACACAGUCAUCAGUAGCGUGUUCCCAAACCCAGAUCAGGUGAUCAGCAAGUUUGUGCUGAACAUCUUCCACCUUAAGUUGCAGAAGUAUAUCCAAACCAAACUGGCUGAUAAAAAUGACAUGGACAAGUAUUUGCGCAACUUGUAUGACAUGUAUAUUAGCACUCAAAAAGUCUGCGAUGAGCUAGUAGCCGCAAAUCUAGUAUCAGCUGAUGGAAACACGGCGACUGGGGAUCUCCGCAGAGAGGCUCUUGUUAAUGGUGCAAUGGCGGGAGCAACAGACGGAUACGCAUCUUUGGAGAUUCGGCGUUUGAAAGCGGUCCUCUCUAACGCUCUCAACGUUUAUUAUAACGAGAAACAGCAUGUUAAGAAGCAAAUCCAGGGUGGAGGUUUUCAAGAGCUACGCCGAGAUCUACAAGCAGUUAUUGGUACCCGAGCAAACAUCAAUAUUGCUCAAAUUGAGAAUUACGGCGGUGAAACCUUUCUCAGUGAACCACUGGUUGUGAAGAUGCUCAACGACGCAAAGACAUCUUUUACCAGGUGUAAAACUCUAUGUACCCCGAACGAGUUACACGGUACGACGAUAGCAUUACUGGACGCGCUGAUACAAAACUUGCUCAUAGAACACGUGGACUACGCGCUCGACUUAGGCCUGCAAUCCAUCCCCAUCGCUGAGAACAAGUCGCCACCUCAGAUUUACUUCUUCGAUAUAGUGAACCUUGCUAACAAAAUAGUGAGGAUGUUUGGAGAGCAUUUUCAGGAAUCGGUGUUGCCUUGUUUAAGUAAACAAGGCGAAUGCAUCCAGCGAAAGAACACUAUAAUGGAGCAAUUGGAGAACAAACUGGAUGCAGGAUUGGAACGCGCGAUAUCCGCUAUAGUGGGAUGGGUAAAGCUCCAUCUCCAGACUGAGCAGAAGAAAACUGACUUCAAACCCGAAGGCGAUAUUGACACUUUGGCAUCCUCCGCGUGUGUAGCAGUUGUGUCCUACUUAAACUCGGUGAUGGACAAAAUCCACGCAGAACUGGAAGGGGACAACCUACACGCAGUGUCUUUAGAGCUAGCAGUCAGACUGCACCGUGUCAUAUACGACCACCUGCAGAACUUCCAGUUUAAUUCUGCGGGUGCAAUGAUAGCGAUAUGCGACGUGAAGGAAUACCGUUCGGCGGUGUGCGGGCGGGGACCGCGCGCCGCGCCCGAGCCCGCACACGCACUUUUCGACACCCUGCACGCACUGUGCAACUUGCUACUCGUCAAACCUGAGAACUUGCAUCAGGUCUGCGAAGGAGAGACGCUGGCGGAGUUGGAUCAUUCAAUCUUACACAACUUCAUCCAACUGCGGUCGGACUACAAGAGUCAUAAGUUAUCAAGCUUUCUCAAGGGCCUGUCAUAAUUUAUUGUGAACACAUUACGUUGUAUUUAUAGCCCUAAUUUAUAUUAUCCAAGUGAUAUAUUGUUGCUUUAUAUUGUUUCAACAUUAUUUAUUAAACACAAUUACUAAUUGA